CCUCCACCAGUGACCGCUUACCGCUACCAAACAUGACACGGAAAGAACCUUUACUCGCGUAAUUACUCCGAGUGAUAAGAGACUGUGGGCCUUGAACGCUACGUCUAAUGUGACGCACCCAGAACAAAGAACAGUAACGCAGUGAGUCUGGAGUUGGUUUUUUGGACGUUCUGGAAAAAAAUGAUUCUAUACGGAAACGCAGCCCUGACGCCCUCGCCGUCGCUGUCGUCGUCGUCGUCGUCGCCGGCGUCACAGACGAGCAUGUCGCCACAGUGUGGGGCGACCGACGUCACCCUCACACGAUGCAAGAACGAGCUAAGCGACCUCCUGUUGCCUCCCUCCAUCCACCCCAUGUUGAUGUCGACGAUCCCCAAGUGCGCGGGGUGCUCGGAGGCCAUCUUGGACCGGUUCAUCCUCAAGGUGCUGGAGAGAACGUGGCACUCUCGCUGCCUCAAGUGUGCCGACUGUGGCGCCCAGCUCACAGACAAGUGCUUCGCCAGAAAUCAACAGGUGUACUGCAAGGAAGAUUUCUUCAGGCGGUACGGGACCAAGUGCUCGGGGUGCGAGCAAGGCAUCCCGCCCACGCAGGUGGUGCGGAGGGCCCAGGACAACGUCUACCACCUGCACUGCUUCGCGUGCGUCAUCUGCCAGCGGCAGCUCAACACGGGCGACGAGUUCUACCUGAUGGAGGACAACAAACUCGUGUGUAAGAGCGACUACGAGCAGGCCAAGCAGAGAGGUAUGUCGCUCAAGGAAGGAGACGCGACAAACAAACGCCCACGUACCACCAUCUCGGCGCGGCAGUUGGAGCAACUCAAACAGGCCUACAAAGAGAGCCCCAAACCCGCUCGCCACGUUAGGGAACAGCUCUCUCAGACGCUUGGCCUCGACAUGAGAGUCGUGCAGGUCUGGUUCCAAAACAG